AUGAAUAGUAUACCUAUUAAUUUUAUGCCACCGGAGAAUUUCUCGAACGUGAUGUGGCAAUCAUACGAGCCAGUGGUUAGUCUCAGCUUGAAAAAGAACUUAAUAGCGGGUAUACCAGAUGGGGUGUUGGCAUUGGUUGCACCUAUUAUAGCAUAUUGGGGGUACGCUACGGUUUUCCACAUUAUUGAUGUUUACGAGUUGGCGGAAAAAUACAGGAUACAUCCUAGUGAAGAAGAAGAAGCAAGGAAUAAAGCGACAUUGAAGGAUGUGGUUAAGGAUGUUGUGAUACAGCAUAUUAUUCAGACGGUUGUGGGAGGCACAUUCUUCUUGUUCGACCCACCACAGACCACGGGACACGAGUGGAUGAUUAUGUGGAACUUGAGGCAGAAAUAUGUGCCGUUGUUCGUUCCGGAUAACGUGGUUUGGGUGGGCUACAUGUACGGAUGGACGUUUUUGAGGAUUUGUAUUGCGAUAGGCAUCAUCGAUACAUGGCAAUACUGGCUCCACCGGAUAAUGCAUAUCAACAAGACGUUGUACAGGAAAUUUCAUUCGAGACACCACAGAUUAUAUGUUCCGUAUGCGUACGGGGCGUUGUACAAUGAUCCCGUAGAAGGGUUUCUCUUGGAUACGCUUGGAACGGGUAUUGCGACCAUCGUCACCAAUUUGUCUCAUCGUGAGUCGAUUAUCUUGUUUACUUUUGCCACAUUGAAGACGGUAGACGACCAUUGUGGGUAUCGCUUGCCAUUUGAUAUAUUCCAGAUUAUUUUCCCCAAUAAUUCUCUCUACCAUGACAUUCAUCAUCAGACAUGGGGUGUGAAAAACAACUUUUCUCAACCCUUCUUCACAUUUUGGGAUAAAUUGAACAAGACUGACUAUAAGUUCGUCAACGAAUACAAAUCCAUGCAAGAUCACAUCACCUUAACGAAAUAUAGAGAAUUUUUGGCCAACAAACAAAGAAAACCUAAUAAAAAACCUGUUAAUACUGAACCAGAAAAGAAGAAAGAUAUUUAA